AAGUGGUUUAAACUUUAUACGGGGGCUUUAAAAUACAAAAACUAGACGGAAUAAGAUCACUUUUCCCUCGAGGGUCCAAGUCUGUCCAAGCCUCUAUGUUGAAACCAAUUGGAAACCAACCAGAUGAAACCAAACUUUUGAUUUAAGUAAUAAACUGGAUAAAAAGAUUCAAUUCUGCUUUUCUACUACGUGACUUGAAAUGGAUGAUACAACCGGAGAAAUAACCCCUACAAUUUUGGUACAUGGAGGGGCCUGGGCUAUGCCAGAUGAAACCGAAUUAGCCGAAACCAAUGUUGGAGGGGUUAAAGCAGCAGUUAAGGUCGGCUAUGAAGUCUUAGUAAAUGGUGGUAGUGCUGUAGAUGCGGUAGAGAGUGCUGUGCGUUGUCUGGAAGAUAACCCCGUUUUCAACGCUGGUCACGGUUCAGUGCUGAAUUCACUGAAGGAGGUAGAAAUGGAUGCUGUCAUCAUGGAGGGGGACCACUUAAAUGCUGGAGCGGUUGCGUGCGUACAGAACAUUGCAAAUCCCGAUAGCUUGGCACGACUGGUCAUGGAUAAGACAGACCAUGUAUUACUGGUGGGGCAAGGUGCCAACAUGUUUGCAACUGAAAUGGGUGUCCCCAGUGUACCCAUGGAGACAUUAGUAACACCCAAUGCAGUAAAAAGGAGGGAGGAAAUGAAAACAUACAAUCAAGCUAUCAAAAAACAAUACGAAAUUAGGAAGAUCGACGAGGCUGUGCCAGUACAGACAGGUCAUGAUACUGUAGGUGCAGUUGCACUUGAUUCAAAAGGAAAUGUAGCAUUUGCAACAUCCACUGGUGGUAUCAAUGCAAAGCGACCAGGGAGGGUAGGAGACAGUCCUUUAAUUGGUAGUGGUGGAUACUGUGACAACAGAGUCGGUGCCGUUUCUACCACAGGGCAUGGGGAGGCUAUCAUGAAAGUAUGUCUCGCUAAACAUAUAAUGCAGUAUAUGGAGCAAGGUUAUACAGCACAAGAAGCAUCUGAUAAAGCUAUACAGUACAUGACUGAUAGAGUACAAAGCUCAGGUGGAGUAAUAACUGUGAAGAACAAUGGGGAGAUCGGGUUGAGCUUUAGUACAGAACGUAUGGCUUGGGCAUCCCUCCAGAGCAACACUUUAAAUUACGGACUUAAUCCUGAUGAAAAAUCUUCAGAGAAAUAUACUAUUUGAUGGAUUUUAAAAAUU